AUGUUCAGAACUACAAGGUCCCCACUGAUGCAACCACUGGCAAACUCAGGACUGGGCACGGCGCCAGUCUUCAAGGUGACUGUUUUCGAGCAGGAGCAUUUUCAGGGCAAGAACUUAGAGCUUACCUCAGAGUGCAUUAACAUCCAGGAGUGCGGUCUGGACAACAUCCGCUCCAUCAGGGUGGAGAGUGGCGCUUGGGUCGGUUUCGAGCAUCAUGACUUCCAAGGCCAGCAGUUGAUCCUGGAAAGAGGAGAGUACCCCCACUGGGACUCCUACAGCGGCUCCCUCGCCUACCACGUGGAACGCCUUAUGUCUCUGCGCCCCAUCCCUUGUGCUUCACACCAAAGCAGCCGCAUGACCAUCUUUGAGAAGGAGAACUUCAUGGGACGCAGCGUGGAGAUCUGUGAUGAUUACCCCUCACUGCAGGCCAUGGGAUGGCAGACGCCCGAAGUGGGCUCCAUGCAUGUGCAAUGUGGCGCCUUUGUGUGCUACCAGUUUCCUGGUUACCGGGGCCAGCAGUACAUCAUGGAGUGCGAGAGACACAGUGGGGACUACCAGCAAUGUAAAACCUGGGGUUCCCACUGCCAGACGCCCCAGAUCCAAUCCAUCAGGCGCAUUCAGCACUGA